AUGUCAAAUCGAAAACCGAGCAGUGCUACAUCAAGGCUAAAGCAGGAUUAUUUAAGACUGAAAAGAGAUCCUGUCCCAUAUAUCACUGCUGAACCUUUACCAUCCAACAUACUUGAAUGGCAUUACGUAGUGUGUGGUCCUGAAAGUACGCCAUAUGAAGGUGGUUUUUACCAUGGAAAGCUGGUAUUUCCAAGGGAGUUUCCAUUCAAACCACCCUCAAUUUACAUGAUAACUCCAAACGGUAGAUUUAAAACCAAUAAGAAAUUGUGUUUAAGUAUAUCUGACUUUCAUCCUGACACGUGGAAUCCAGCAUGGAGUGUAUCCACUAUUUUGACUGGGCUACUAAGCUUUAUGAUUGAAAAGAGUCCAACAUUAGGUAGUAUUGACACCACUGAUUAUGACAAGAGGCAAUUUGCUUUGCAAUCAUUGGAGUUUAAUUUGAAAGACAAGCAUUUUUGUGAAUUGUUUCCAGAAACUGUUAUUACUAUUGAGAGUGAGUUGGCCAAAAGAAAAAAUUCAAUGCAGGGUAGCAGCCAAGAGGGACCAAGCACUCUGCGGUCAGUAGCCGAACCAAGUAGUAUUCAGUCUUGUAUUACCAACCUAAUUGUAAUAAUAGGAUUUGCGGCUUUUGCUUUCACAGUAAAAUACGUUAUGAAAACUACCGCUUCGGAAACGGAAUAA